AUGGUGGUUUUGUCGGCUUCGAUCGUCACUAAGGGUGGAAGGCCUGUGAUUUCAAGGCAAUUUCGAGAAUUUCCACGUGCACGCUUGGAAUCACUACUAGCCACCUUCCCCAAACUCAUCCCGCCCUCCUCCCAACACACGGUCAUCGACGAUCCGACCUCAGCGAUCCGCUACGUCUACCAGCCCUUAGAGGACCUAUGGCUGGUCAUUCUCACCAAUCGACAGAGCAACAUCUUACAAGACAUCGACACCCUCCAUCUGCUCUCGAGGAUCGUCUCGGACUUCUGCCGCGGAACGGUCAGCGAGGCUGAGGUCCUUGCCAGGAGCUUCGAGGUCCUCAGCAGCUUCGAUGAGGUCGUCUGUAUGGGCUACCGAGAGAAGAUCGACUUGAAUGGGAUCCGUAGCGUCAUGGAGAUGGAGAGUCAUGAAGAAAAGAUUCAAGAAAUCAUCGCCAAGAACAAAGAGCAAGAGGCCAAGGAGGAGCUGAAGCGCAGGGCCAAACAACUAGACUCGCAGCGUCGUGAAGCACUCAAACGUGGCCAAUCGGAUGUCUACUCAACCGGAAUGGGCUCAGGAGGUGGCUACGAUCGACCAUAUCAGCCUUCGCAGCCAGCCGCGCCUGUGGUUCGAGAAGACCCAUACUCAAGUCGAACAGCCGUCGCCGCCAAACCAUUCAAAACAAAGGGAAUGCAGCUCGGUAGUAAAAACAAAUCUCAAGGCGUCUUGGGAGACGAAUACUCUGCACCAGGCCCUUGGCCUCCGGUCUCUGUCGUUCAGAGCUCGGAACCCGUGGCCCAGCCUAGCAGUGCUGCGCCAGCUUCGGCAGCCAAAACAGCAGAUCUGAAUCCAUUUGCGCCAGAGACACAGGAAAACAUUCAUCUGGUCCUGCGGGAGAAGCUAUCGGCAGAGCUUGCUCGAGAUGGCGGCUUAGCGCCCAACUCCUCCGGGAUCAACGUCUCAGGUUCCUUGGAGUUGAAGGUUUCUCCAGAGAGCGAGACGAAGAUCUGGGUGACCCUCAACCAUGGCGUGGCCAAGGGUGCAAUUCCCGCCGGGGACAUCCAAUUCAAAACUCACCCCAACGUCGACAAGAAAGCUUGGGCAGACAGUCGCGUGAUCAAGUUGAAGGACGCCGAACGCGGGUUCCCUACUAAGCAGGGAUUGGCCGUCUUGAAAUGGAGACUCACUACUAAGGACGAAACCUUGAUUCCUAUUUCGAUCAAUUGCUGGCCUACCACCAACGAUGAUGGAGGCUGCGAUGUGAACAUUGAGUACGAAGCCGAGAACGAGACCGUGCAGCUGCACAAUCUAGUGAUCACGAUCCCGUUGCCGGAGGGUUCGUAUCCCAAGGUGUCCCAGUGCGACGGGACGUACGAGAUCCGGACCGAGGACAGUCCGGUGCUCCAAUGGAAGAUCGCGGGUGACGAUGAUGGGGUGGCGCCCACUGGGGGCUCCAUGGAGUUCAACUGUCCCGACUCCGAUCCCGACUCUUUCUUCCCCGUCUCAGUCGACUUCAUCUCCCAGAACAUCCUCUCGCAAGUCUCUGUUGUCCAAGUCGCCGCCGUCGCUGGCGAUGAACCUAUUGAAUUCUCUAGUGAUACUCUAUUGUCCACUGAAGAAUAUGCCGUUGCUUAA